AAAACACAGUAACCUUUUUAUUCAUCAUCAAAAGUAAUGGAUUUUAAUUUGUACAAUGCCAAAUCUGUAGAUAUCACAUUUAUUACAAUUGCUUGACUUAACCUGUUCCUUUGUCUUGUAUAUCGUAUUUUUAUUCAUUCUCUCUCGCAAGCUUAACUGUCUCUCCACCAUUCCUUCUCUUUAUCUCUUUAUCUCUUUAUCUCUCUCUCUCUCUCUCCCUCCUGUGUUGUAUCGGAGUGCAGGCAUGGCCUUGAAGGAGGAGGUAAAGGAAGAGAUUCAUGUGCUGAUGGUGUCGUUCUCGGCGCAAGGCCACAUCAACCCAAUGCUUAGGCUUGGCAAACGCCUUGUUUCCAAAGGCCUUGAUGUUACGCUCGCACUCACAGAGUUUACACGCCAACGAAUGCUCAAGUCCACCACCACCACCACCACUAACUGUGUUUCAGGUAUCCAACUUGAAUUCUUCUCUGACGGCUUCAGCUUAGACUAUGAUAGGAAGACUAAUCUCGAUCACUAUAUGGAAACUCUGGGCAAGAUGGGCCCUAUCAACUUGUCCAAACUCAUCCAAGAUCGCUCACAGAGCGGUCUUGGGAAAUUCUCUUGCUUGAUCAGCAACCCUUUUGUGCCAUGGGUGGCUGAUGUCGCGGCUGAGCAUGGAAUCCCAUGUGCCCUGCUGUGGAUCCAGCCAUCCAUUCUCUAUGCUAUCUAUUAUCGAUUCUAUAAUAGUUUGAAUCAAUUUCCCACUCUGGAAAACCCUCAUAUGAGCGUUGAAUUACCCGGCUUGCCUUUGUUGAACACUGAGGAUUUACCAUCGUUUGUUCUUCCUUCUAAUCCGUUUGGUAGUUUCCCAAAGUUGUUCUCUGAAAUGUUUCAGAACAUGAAGAAGAUCAAGUGGGUUUUGGGGAAUUCAUUCCAUGAGCUUGAGAAGGAUGCUAUUGUGUCCAUGGCUGAGCUCUGCCCAAUACGAACCGUCGGUCCUCUGGUCCCAUCAAUGCUUCUGGGUGAAGAUCAGAGUGCUGAUAUUGGGGUAGAAAUGUGGAAACCAGAGGAAACAUGCCUAGAGUGGCUGAAGCAAAAAAAGCCGUGUUCUGUUGUUUACGUAUCAUUUGGGAGCAUUGUUGUGUUAUCAGCAAAGCAAAUGGAGAACAUUGCAACAGGCCUGAAGAACAGUAAUCGUCCAUUUCUGUGGGUGGUGAAGCCUCAAGACCCUCCAGCAUCUGAUGGUUCAGGAAAAUUGCCAGUAGGGUUUCUGGAAGAAACCAAGGACCAAGGCCUAGUGGUGCCAUGGUGCCCUCAAACCAUGGUACUAACUCACCCAUCCAUCUCAUGUUUCUUGAGUCACUGUGGCUGGAAUUCUACCUUAGAGACCAUCGCAGCAGGCGUGCCGGUGAUCGCCUACCCACAGUGGACAGACCAGCCCACCAACGCCAAACUUAUCGUGGACGUUCUACGCAUAGGCGUAAGGCUCAGGCCAAACCAGGAUGGCAUUGUUACCAAUGAGGAGGUAGAGAAAAGCAUCGAAGAAAUCACAGUCGGGCCCAGGGCAGAAGAAGUCAAGAAGACGGCCGCAGAAUUGAAGCAAUUAGCUCAAAAAGCAGUCGUCAAAGGCGGCUCAUCCGAUAGUAACAUUCAGUGGUUUGUGGACGAGAUCAAGGGCAAUUCAAUCACGGAUCCCUCUAGGUCAACUGCAGUGCAAUUGAACCAUGAAGACAUCGAAUAAAAUAAGACGUGGUGUAGCCGAACUCUUACAAUAAUGGACUAGGCAAGGGAAUCAUUUAUUAAA